AUGGACGAGGACCACGACCGCAUGUACGUCGGCAGCAAGGACUACAUCCUGUCCCUGGACCUGCAUGACAUCAACAAGGAGCCGCUCAUAGUAAGAGACGCCCAAAGCCACCACUGAUCCUAGACCUGCUGUAUAGUGAGGCAUUAAAACUAACCAGCUCUUUCCUUUCUCUCUCAGAUUCACUGGCCUGUGGCUCCUCAGAGGAAGACAGAGUGUGUUUUGUCGGGGAAGGAUACCAACGUAAGUACCAUACUCUCUCAACCAUCUUGAGAUUUGGGUUAGUUGUGCUGUUGACAUCAUUCAGUCAUUAUCCAACAUACCCUCCCAUUACCCCUUUGAAUCAUGAUCCGUUAGGGUGAGAAGGACUGUAGCUGGAGGCUAGAGCUCCUGUUUUACCACAUCUGUUUCAAAGGAUCCUUUACACACACACACACACACACACACACACACAAGCCCCCCGUGGACCUAAGAGCACCAUUUAAAUCCAUAUCAAGGUCUAAUCCUCCUCUGAUUUAUCUUUUGAUUUGUUCACACACCCCCACACAAAGCCCUAAGGGGUCUAUUUGGGCAGUGGCAUGCAGGAUGGGGUAUGGUGGAGAGGUGACGGGGGUAUGGAUAAUAACUGUGCUCCCCUGCUGGUAUUGAGAGAGCAGGCCUCUUUUUAUCCUACUGGAAUGUUCAUUUAGACUCGCUCGCUAACCCGCACAUCUCACCGCCUCUGGCUACAUAGUAUGGGCCCCUGUGUGUGCGUGUGCAUGUAUGAGCUUGUGUGCGUGUGUGUGUGUGUGUGUGUGUGUGUGUUGUGCAGGCAUAUGUGAGAGAGGGGUGGAAAUCCAACACUGUAAUAAUAAAAUAUUCAAUUGGCUAUAGACAUCUUGGCAAAACUGGCCCCUCUUUAGGGAAUGACAGAUGAUGACAAUUCAAAAGCAAUUCAAAGGGGAUGUCAGUUCAGGCAGGAGGUCAAAGGCAAUCAUGCACACCGCACUCUUGGGGGGGAGCACAACUGUGCAAUGAAUAAUGCACACACCUGUGCACACACACACACAUGUGCGCACACACAAACACACACACACACACAAUGAAAUUAAUUGACUGCAUCUGUCGUGUUGUUUGGGUUAGCUAUGCUAAAAUGGCUUAUCCCCUAUUCUACACACACCUCGUUGUGGUUGGUUGGUACAUCCUUUUCUACUGCAAAACGAUGGACAGCAUGCAGUAUGCCCUGCCUGGCGCUAGCUGUAUAACCCUGUAUUACUGUGGCCAGCAAGGAGGCCAGGCUGAGGUUAAGGCAGGGGGACUGGCUGGGGUUAAGGCAGGGGGACUGGCUGGGGUUAAGGCAGGGGGACUGGCUGGGGUUAAGGCAGGGGGAUUGGCUGGGGUUAAGGCAGGGGGAUUGGCUGGGGUUAAGGCAAGGGGCCUGGGUUUCCAGACAGCUGGUAGGAGAGAUUAGGGGCCUCAGAUCGUAGAGGCACAGAUCUGUUCUCAUUACCAGCACCUCCAAGACUGGGCCGCUGACCUAUCCUAUUCUAAAGCCGAACUCUGUGUGUGUUUGUUUUCAGCGUGCGUGUACGAGUGUGUGCAUGUGUGUGUCCAAUAAAGAAAGCCAGCAGGGAGUAGUACUGCAGCCAAACACCAGACUCAGAUCAAUCAGAAAUGGUAGCUGAGGGUGUUUGAGGGGGUUAGCUGAAGGUUAUUCAUUAUCAAUUUGACAUUUAGUUUUUCUCAGAAGGCUUAAAGGAGAUGUUAGUUGUCGAGAGCGGAAUGUGCUUUUCUUUUUGAAAAUGUCAUGAUUAUCCUUGUCUCCUAUUGACAGCAUUCUUUCUUUUCUCUUUCAGGGGGAAUGUGGGAACUUCAUCCGUCUGAUCGAGCCGUGGAACCGGACCCACCUAUACGUGUGUGGAACAGGGGCCUACAACCCCAUCUGCACCUAUGUGGACCGCGGACGCAGGUCCCAGGUAACCAGAGACAAGAUGACACUGACCCCUGAACUCCCCUCUUUCAGAUCUGUCAAUCAACCCACCUUGUCUGUCAUUGUCACGGUCUGUUCCUUUUCUCCACUAAUUUUCUGCUCCCCUGUUCACAUUGAUUUGCUCUAUCCAUGGUCAUGUGAACCCAGAGAAAGGCUUAUAGUGAGCUCUCCACAGAUGGAUAACUCUCCUUUAUCCUGGCAGUUUGUGUCACACUGUUAUAGUGGCUCCUGUUGGUGAGGCAGCUAACUGACAGCUAUAGUACCGCUGGGAAGAGCAUGUUGAAAGUGUGUCUAAAACAACUGCUACUAUUUCCUCCCUAUCGGCUGUCUCCUCUCCCCUCUCACCUGUUUAUGUGUAGUGUUCUGGCCUGUCAUUACUGAUGGAGCCUCUCAUCCAUCACCAGCCUUGUAACUCACCCCAUCCCUCCAUUCCUCCCUCCAUUCCUCCCCCUCUCCCUCAUAGACCAGCAGACAUCAGAGCUUCAGCAGCUGCCGUCCCCAGUGCACACUUACUGUUACUAUCCCGCCUGUUUAGUCUCAACGUUUAAUUGGAGGGCUUGGGUUUCAAUAUACAGGCCAGUCAUCCUCUUAUCAUUCAUCCUCUCCCCCAUGGCCCUGCUAGCUACAUCACUUCAACUGUAAAGGUUUUCGUUGGGUAAAAUUAGAGGCGUAAACAGAAACCAUUUGUUUGGAAGUACUCCCAGUUGUCAUUCCAAAGGCCUCACACGUGUUGAGUCCUUAGACAGCUCCCAAGGUUUUCCCGAUAUUACCUGACAUCGCCUUCACUGAGUUCACUCCCACCACUGUUUCUCUGAGCUCCUUUUCACCUAAAUGGGUCCCCUUUUGUCUCAUUUGCCGUUUUUAUGUCGCUGAACCAUGGCUAUGUGUGCACUUGCAUGGCAUAGCAUGUUUUCUGCAUGUAUUUGGCAACCUAGAUAGAGGCUGAUACUGCAACUCAUCCAGAUUGAUUUAUGCACAUACAGUGAGGGAAAAAAGUAUUUGAUCCCCUGCUGAUUUUGUACGUUUGCCCACUGACAAAGAAAUUAUCCAUCUAUAAUUUUAAUGGUACAUUUAUUUGAACAGUGAGAGACAGAAUAACAUCAAAAAUAUCCAGAAAAACGCAUGUAAAAAAUGUUAUAAAGUGAUUUGCAUUUUAAUGAGGGAAAUAAGUAUUCGACCCCCUCUCAAUCAGAAAGAUUUCUGGCUCCGAGGGAGCUAAAGGUUCGAGUUGCCAAACGUCAGCCUCGAAACCUUAAUUACUUGGAGAAGAUCUGCAAAGAGGAGUGGGACAAAAUCCCUCCUGAGAUGUGUGCAAACCUGGUGGCCAACUACAAGAAACGUCUGACCUCUGUGAUUGCCAACAAGGGUUUUGCCACCAAGUACUAAGUCAUGUUUUGCAGAGGGGUCAAAUACUUAUUUCCCUCAUUAAAAUGCAAAUCAAUUUAUAACAUUUUUGACAUGUAUUUUUCUGUAUUCUGUCUCUCACUGUUCAAAUAAACCUACCAUUAAAAUUAUAGACUGAUCAUUUCUUUGUCAGUGGGCAAACGUACAAAAUCAGCAGGGGAUCAAAUACUUUUUUCCCUCACUGUAACAUCACUGAACUCUCUGUAGAACUCUCUAGCGUGGUUUACUUGACAGAGUUAUGAUUUGUUACUUUUGGGGUUCUAUUCUCAUCUCUGUCAGUCUUUACAUUUCUCAUGGAGUCCACACUAAUUUCUUCUGUUGUGGUCACGGUUGUUUUACGGUCAUGGGUCUUUCUUUUAGCUUUUUCUGUUCUCCUCCUGGUCAACUCAUCGGUUGAAUUUGGGUGCAGCCGAUGGGACCCUCGUGGUAAUCGCGUGGCACGUGUCCUCUUUUUUAGGCCCACUACCUGCAGGUGGCCCAGUCCGGAGGGAGGACCAACCGGGCGGCAGAUUUCAGCACUACAGCAGGGCCUGUGGAGCCAAAGGUGGGCCGUGGGCCGAGGGGAGGCUACUGUAGAAAGAGGCUUGGGUCUGGGACCUGGUCCUGGGUCAGGUGCCCAUCUGGGGUCUGAGAGGCCCUGUCUUAUCAUGUACCUCCUGCUGAGAUUUAAAAUGGACGCAGCUGACUAGGGUGUGGAGGAAAUGAGGUGUUAGAGAUAGAGAUUUUGAUUAAUGUGUUUAUGGUCACAGUUAAAUAAUAGAAUGGUUUUAUUCAUAAGUUAAGUUUGUUAGUAAAACAGAGUCCUGUCCUUUACAAUCACUAGCAUCCAAUAUGGCUUGAUUUUUGUGACCUCAAAGGCCUACUUUAAAAAAGGGAUUUCACUGUACUUGGUCUAUAAUUCUUCUUGGCUACUAGAAUGUUGAAAAUUAGGCUACAUAUUAAUAUCAGCCAAAUAAUUCAAAGUCAUGCAAGAAAAACAUGUGUGGUGGAGGACAAUGGCAAGAUCCAUUCCAAUGAGUACCACAAAAAGUCAUAAAAAAUACACUACUUCUGAACUACAACGCCCCCCCCCCCCCCCCCCCCCUCGCUAUAAAAUAAGUUUGCAAUAAAUGCAUUCCUUACAAAUGUAGAGACCCCAGUAGCUUGGAUAACAAACGAAUGCUUUGUAAAUGUACUGCCUUCAUGUGUCUUGGGAGCCAUUCUGGGAUGGUGCCUAGCUUCAAUGAGUGGAGCCAUAGACACCAGGAUAUAAGAACGCAGUCCAACUAUAGCAGCCUAGCUUCAGAUUGAAACAGUCUGCCAAACUUUCUUUUUUUUGGCAGGGGGAAGUUUGUCCAACUCGCCUUUUAGUCAAAUAUGUAUUCCUGACGUGUAUAAUAAUAAUUUUUUGGCAUGUAAUAAUUAAUUGUCAACUAAGUGAAAGGAUAGUUUUUUCUUAGGCACAAGCAGAAUACAAUAUGUUUUAUGUUUCUUAGAAAGGCAAUCUGUUUAGAUGUUCCAUUACUGUGCCUAAAUCACAUACUCUAUCACAAAAGUUUAACUAAUCCAACAUUAAUAUUCCUACCAACCCUCAGUAGUACAGUAAGCUACUUGACAAAAUGUUGAGACAGAUGCUAAAAAUGUCCUCCUGGCUCGUGGACCUGAGCUAUCCUCCACAUCACUAACACUAGGAGCAUGGUGGAUGAAUUUUGGAUCGCUCUCUGCAUUUUAGCUCAAGCACUCCAUCAUGCUGAUAAGUGGCCUUGUACGCGUCAUACUCUCUUGCUCAGACCUAAUACAGGUGUGUGAGUGUGUGUUUUGCAUAGAUUCACGUUUUUAUUGUCACAAGUACAGUGAAAUGCCUUUCUUGCAAGCUCUUUCCCAACAAUGCAGUAAUCACUAUCAGUAGUACUAUAAAAUAAAGUAAAGUAGAACAAAAAAAAUAAGAAGAACACGAGAAAGUAAGUAAUCUAUAUGCAGGGUCAGUUCCAGGGUUAGUGCCAAUACCAUAUUGACAAUACUGGAGUGGUAGGGGUAGAUACAGUGGGGGAAAAAAGUAUUUAGUCAGCCACCAAUUGUGCAAGUUCUCCCACUUAAAAAGAUGAGAGAGGCCUAUAAUUUUCAUCAUAGGUACACGUCAACUAUGACAGACAAAUUGAGAAAAAGAUAUCCAGAAAAUCACAUUGUAGGAUUUUUAAUGAAUUUAUUUGCAAAUUAUGGCGGAAAAUAAGUAUUUGGUCAAUAACAAAAGUUUCUCAAUACUUUGUUAUAUACCCUUUGUUGGCAAUGACACAGGUCAAAUGUUUUCUGUAAGUCUUCACAAGGUUUUCACACACUGUUGCUGGUAUUUUGGCCCAUUCCUCCAUGCAGAUCUCCUCUAGAGCAGUGAUGUUUUGGGGCUGUCGCUGGGCAACACAGACUUUCAUCUCCCUCCAAAGAUUUUCUAUGGGGUUGAGAUCUGGAGACUGGCUAGGCCACUCCAGGACCUUGAAAUGCUUCUUACGAAGCCACUCAUUCGUUGCCCGGGCGGUGUGUUUGGGAUCAUUGUCAUGCUGAAAGACCCAGCCACGUUUCAUCUUCAAUGCCCUUGCUGAUGGAAGGAGGCUUUCACUCAAAAUCUCACGAUACAUGGCCCCAUUCAUUCUUUCCUUUACACGGAUCAGUCGUCCUGGUCCCUUUGCAGAAAAACAGCCCCAAAGCAUGAUGUUUCCACCCCCAUGCUUCACAGUAGGUAUGGUGUUCUUUGGAUGUAACUCAGCAUUCUUUGUCCUCCAAACACGACGAGUUGAGUUUUUACCAAAAAGUUAUAUUUUGGUUUCAUCUGACCAUAUGACAUUCUCCCAAUCCUCUUCUGGAUCAUCCAAAUGCACUCUAGCAAACUUCAGACGGGCCUGGACAUGUACUGGCUUAAGCAGGGGGACACGUCUGGCACUGCUGGAUUUGAGUCCCUGGCGGCGUAGUGUGUUACUGAUGGUAGGCUUUGUUACUUUGGUCCCAGCUCUCUGCAGGUCAUUCACUAGGUCCCCCCGUGUGGUUCUGGGAUUUUUUGCUCACCGUUCUUGUGAUCAUUUUGACCCCACGGGGUGAGAUCUUGCGUGGAGCCCCAGAUCGAGGGAGAUUAUCAGUGGUCUUGUAUGUCUUCCAUUUCCUAAUAAUUGCUCCCACAGUUGAUUUCUUCAAACCAAGCUGCUUACCUAUUGCAGAUUCAGUCUUCCUAGCCUGGUGCAGGUCUACAAUUUUGUUUCUGGUGUCCUUUGACAGCUCUUUGGUCUUGGCCAUAGUGGAGUUUGGAGUGUGACUGUUUGAGGUUGUGGACAGGUGUCUUUUAUACUGAUAACAAGUUCAAACAGGUGCCAUUAAUACAGGUAACGAGCGGAGGACAGAGGAGCCUCGUAAAGAAGAAGUUACAGGUCUGUGAGAGCCAGAAAUCUUGCUUGUUUUUAGGUGACCAAAUACUUAUUUUCCGCCAUAAUUUGCAAAUAAAUUCAUUAAAAAUCCUACAAUGUGAUUUUCUGGAUAUCUUUUUCUCAAUUUGUCUGUCAUAGUUGACGUGUACCUAUGAUGAAAAUUAUAGGCCUCUCUCAUCUUUUUAAGUGGGAGAACUUGCACAAUUGGUGGCUGACUAAAUACUUUUUUCCCCCACUGUAUGUAUAGGGGUAAGGUGACUAGGCAUCAGGAUAUAUGAUAAACAGAGUAGCAGCAGCAUACAGUAUAUGCUGAUUGUGUGUGUGUGUGUGUGUGUGUGUGUGUGUGUGUGUGUGUGUGUGGAGUCAGUAUGAAUGUGUGUGGGUGUUAUGUGUGUCAGCCAAUGAAGUGUGUGUUGGAGUGUCAGUGUGAGUGUGUGUGAGUGAGUGUGAGUGUGUGUGAGUGAAUGUGAGUGAGUGAGUGUGUGUGAGUGAGUGAGUGUGUGUGAGUGUGUGUGAGUGUGUGUGAGUGUGAGUGUGUGUGAGUGAGUGUGAGUGAGUGUGAGUGUGCAUAGAUUCAGUGCAAAAAUAUAAAGGAAAUAAAAGGGUCAAUGCAGAUAGUCUGUGUCUUAUUGCUUGGGGAUAGAAGCUCUUCAGGAGCCUGUUGGUGUCAGACUUGUUGCUCCGGUACCGAUUGUCGUGCAGAAGCAGAGAGAAUGUCUGGUUCAGUACACUAACAUAGGAUUUGAGAGACGUGCUCAGAAACCAUUUGUGUACCAAGUACCAACCUCUAGACUGCCCAUCACCUCAUGGUGUUGCCCCAACUGAUCUCCCUAUGUAUCCUCCUCCCUCUGUCAUUAUCUCCCUCUACAGGACUACAGUAUGUGAAAACUUGUAAUACAUAAAUACUAUAAGGCCGGAAUCCACUCUGCUCUGUGUCCUCAAUGGAAACAACAGAAUAAUUGAUGUUAGUUUACAUAUUUAAUUGUUUCUGCACUGUCCUAUUACAGGAAUAUAUCUUCCGUUUGGAGCCAGGCAAAGUGGAUUCGGGGAAAGGCAAAUGUCCUUACGACCCUAAACUCAACAGCGUCUCAGCUUUGAUCAGUAAGUACCCGUUUACCUCCUUUCUCUCAGGUCACUUCUUCCAUUAUUGAAAUAAUUGAGUGUCUCUCUAUGGAAACAAAAGGGUUGUUUCCCGUCAAGCUUUAUUCCUAUCUUCCCCAAGGAGUGUUUGUGGUCAGUCCAACCCUUGUGGAAGCUAAUACUGCACCAUUGGCUAGUCACACUCUAGAUCUGGUUAAUUCAAAUACUUCUGCCUCUUUUAAAACUGUUUCCUCUUCAUUUGUAGCCACCCUGUGGUGACGUUAACUGUCCCAUUGUCACAUUAUUCUCAUAAUCAAAAAGAGUAUACUGAAAAGUUAUUUGCUGUAUUGAAAAUUCUUAAUGGGAAAAGCAGGAAUUGGUAUGUAAGUUCUCAUAUCAGUAGGUGGUCUGGUGUUGUCAGCAGCUUAAAGGCAGGUGGUCAGACUUGGCAGUUGACCUCUUCCUCUCUGGCUUGACUCCACUGACCUCCCAGCCACCCAGGGUUGUUUGACACUACCCAUUACCCCCCUCUGUGACUUCUUAUGUCAGCCCCAGUGGUGGAAAAAGUACCCAUUUGUCAUACUUGAGUAAAAGCACAAUCUUCUAGUUUUGAUUUUAUUUAUGGCUAGCCAGGGGCAUACUCAAAUACUCAGACAUGAUUUACAAACGAAGCAUUUGUGUUUAGUGAGUCUACCAAAUCAGAGGCAGUAGGGAUGACCAGGGAUGUUCUCUUGAUACUGUAAGUGCGGAAUCCUAUCCUGCUAAAAUGUAACGAGCACUUUUGGGUGUCAGGGAAAAUGUAUGGAGUAAAAAGUACAAUAUUUUAUUUUGGAAUGUAGUGAAGUAAAAGUAACAGUUAUUAAAAAUAUAAAUAGUAAAGUAAAGUACAGAUACCCAAAAAACCCACUUAAGUAGUACUUUAAAGUGUUUUUACUUAAGUAAUUUACACCACUAGUCAGUCACACCUAGAGCUGACCUGGGUGAAACUACAAAGCAUCCACUUACUGUAGCAACUCAGCUGCUACAUAACCGACCUACAAUACGGCCAGAGUCAUACUGUACAACACAAAAACAAGGACUUCCUCUGUUAUAGGGGGGAUUUCUAUGUACCUCUCUUGAUCCCAGUGUUUCUGUGGUGUUUGGACACCUUGCCAACCCACCCCAUGGUGAAGGGGUUCAAUCUGAUGUGAUUGUAGAAGGAAAAGGCUGUCUUGUCUUUAGGGAGAUCUGUCAACUCUCUAAACAGGUCCUAUACUGGGGCAGCACCUGCUCACACACACUCAGCCACAAGCAAUUGGGGAUGGCCAUUUCCCAGGCCUCCACCCCACACUGUUAGCAUGACUAGGCCCAAUGACCACAUCCUCACAUCCUGCCCCAGGUCCCCAGUGUCUGCCCUGGGAUCACCCUCUUCUCUGUCCAGUCUGAUCCUGGCCACCAGCUGGGGCCUACUGUUGGUUACUUGGAACGGGGGGAUACAGUAUAUCUCCAUAACAAAGGACUGUAGUCACUAAUCACCCAUGGUUUCCUUCCUGUCAACCUCUUUGUUAUUGUCUUUCUAUGAUCUUCCAUUGAUUUCUCUUCUAUCUAUCUCUCUAGAGCGCAAAGAUCAUCGCUAAUCUCGAUAGAUAGCGGGAGAGAUUAUCCGAGCAGAGAGACGCUCCUCGCGCUAGAGCUGAUCAAUCCACUCUCUCUCUCUCUAUCUCUCUCUCUCUCUCUCUCUCUCUCUCUCUCUCUCUCUCUCUCUCUCUCUCUCUCUCUCUCUCUCUCUCUCUCUUCCUCUGUGAUUGACAGAUGGGGAGCUCUACGCAGGGGUCUACAUUGACUUCAUGGGGACAGACGCGUCCAUCUUCCGUACUCUGGGGAAACAGACAGCCAUGAGGACGGACCAAUACAACUCCAUAUGGUUAAAUGGUAAUGUCUAACGCCUCAUCCUUACAAACAUCAGCUCUCUAUGGCACUUGUCUUUAUAUUUCCAUCGUGUAUCAAUUUAUUCCUCAGUCUCUACAUGCCUGUGCUGUCUUACUGCAUCUUCACAUGUCAUACUGUAUAUAUGGCUCUGGUCCAAGCCUCUAGCUGUUCCAGCCAUUAGAAAGUAAACAAUGCCUAUCACAUCAAUACAGUAAUGCCUGUACUCAACUCACCGAGUGCCUUUCUAGGAAAUGUUAAGGAAACGUUUCUUCUCACUGUCAUGCAUUAGCCUCGGGACAUACUGUAUGUGCUGUAGCCAAGUCUUCUAUGGUGUGUUCUAAUGCUAGCAUUUCACAAUGUAUGGGCUGCCCUUUGUUGGACCCUGGUCUCUUAUUCUCCAUAGUCUAAAGUCACGAGAUUGUACACGUAAGUUCUGCUGGCUGGGUGGGUUUGGGAGGUCAGUGUUGCCACCAUUGAUUAUUUCAGAGUAGGGCUGGGUCCCAGGCAGCUCUCCACAGUGACCCGGUUGCCCCCCAACCUUCUCCCAUCAGUAGGCAUCCCCCAUCCCCACCUGAGUCCUGUUCAUCAGCCCCAGGGCUACACUAGGACAUCCUGCUCUCCCAAUGUGGCUUAAUGCUCUCUACCCCCCACAGGGUCUGCCCCCAUUUGGGUAGUGUCUCUGUAGCAGCAGGGAGGUCCGGGUUGAUUUAAUGUGUCCAGCAGUGCCCCAAUCAGUGAGCCAGCAUGAGAAGAGAGGGCUACGCCAUAUUGUGCUCAUUGAGUGAGAAUAAUGAGGGAUAUUUGGAAUGUACAGUAGUGACAUGAGCUCAAAUGUAGGCCUCAACUGACUCUCACUAGCAUCUGUCUCAUUAUCAACAUCUCUCUCUCUCUCUCUCUCUCUCUCUCUCUCUCUCUCUCUCUCUCUCUCUCUCUCUCUCUCUCUCUCUCUCUCUCUCUCUCUCUCUCUCUCUCUCUCUCUCUCUCUCUCACUAUCUCUGUCUUUCAGAUCCCACAUUCAUCAAGGCGCACCUCAUCCCAGACAGUGCUGAGAAGAACGAUGACAAGCUCUACUUCUUCUUCCGGGAGAAGGCUUCAGAGAUGGGCCAGAGUCCCAUGGCCCAGUCCAGGAUAGGCAGGAUCUGUCUGGUAAUUGGCCAUCAUAACCACAUACUGUAACUCAUUAUCUGCAAAAAUGCAGUCAAUAAGAAUGUGAAAGAGGUCAUAUUUUGACCCUUGCCUCAUAUUGUGAACUUUGACCCAGCGAACUCAAGUACCCUGCCACUAAUGAUACUGAGACAUCCCCAGAAGAGAGGGGGGUCUCCUUGGAAACUCAGCAUAAACCAUCAAUGUAUCUCACCAUUCAACACAGUCAGACAUAAAACAACACAGCCCUGCCCCCCACUUCCUCAACAGCCAGUGAGCAGUCUAAGAAACACAAACUAAAGGGAAUGCUGUUGUCCCCUGUGAUAAACUUUUGGAGUGGGAGAGUUUGCCUUUGGCCUCCAGUAUUUACACAUAAGCAAACAUACACAUACACACUCAGGGUAAUGUUGUUCUAAUGAUGUAUGUAUGUCCCAGUGGCUGCCAUGACUCAGAAUGUUGUUUAUCCUUAGAGGGGGACCCUGGGCUGUGUGCAAGCCUUCCCCCUCUCGCUGCAUGCCUCGUAUUGGACCCUAGGGACGCUGGUCCUGCCUGUGUCUGGAUCCAAAGCCACUGUCCUUCGAUGACUCCCACUGGAAAUAGUACUACUGGCAUAGAUACACAUACAAGUACAUGGUAGAAAAAGCACACAUGUUGAUACCAUUUUAACUACAUCUAAUUUUAGUGUAAGAGCUACAAAACAAUGGAAUAUAACUUUGGAUUUGGAUGAUGUUCGUUAUAUUACUCCAAUGUAAAUUGUGGCACAAAUACCAUUCUAUGAUUUUUCCACUUGAACAUUCCAUGUUGCAUUUGUCUCUCAAACUCCUAUUUUCUCUGUUCAACAAGUCUAGCAGAAGUUUUGUAAUGGGCAAGGAGUUCUGGAUUGUGAAUAAUUGUCACCGCGCUUCACCUCACUCCCUCUAUUCUCUGUAGGGGUUGGCGUGCAUCUGUCCACAUCAGAUGGGGCAGACAGACUGACACAUAGCUGAUGGUUUUACUCUCAUCUUCUCUCUAAGCUAGUGUUGGCUGCUAGGUGUCUAAAACAGCUGUUGGUUUGGAUAUUUGGACCGGUCCACUUGUGGUGUUUGUGUAGGGGUCAGGUGUGAGUGACACUGCCUUUUGUCCCCCCCUGCAGAAUGAUGAUGGUGGACACUGCUGUCUGGUCAACAAGUGGAGCACUUUCCUGAAGGCCAGACUCAUCUGCUCUGUACCUGGAGUGGACGGCAUAGAGACCCACUUUGAUGAGCUCCGUAAGUAGGCAGAAUUUUCCAACAGUGGUAUAGCCCAGUUGUUAACUUAUGUUCUUAAGGCUUGCACCGAAUGUGGAUCUAGCGUUCAUCUGCCGAUCAUUCAACAGGCUGUGUUUUAGGGACCACCUGCUGACUGCUGACAUUUUCACGCAAUUCUACAUGUAAAAUCAGUGCGCACUUGGUUAGCAAAUUACAACCGGCACUCUGUUCAGAGGUGCUAAGUACUCUCGGGCCAGCAAACACUAUUGCUGUGUCUGAGCUCUUGCACUAACUUCCCAAUACUCCUCUGUUCCCUCAUCUGGUAGACACUAAAAAUAGUCAGCCCCAUCUAAAAGCCACAGCAUGUAAAAUGACCAACCAUCCAUUCAGACCCCACUCUCUGUAGUCUUUCUGUAAUAUCUCUGUAACAUCUGAGUUAUUUUCAACCGUUCCAGAUUGCACUCCUGUUUCGUUUGUGCUUCGUUAAAGUGACUGUUCUGGUUGGACAAACAUCAGACAAACAGGAAUCAUGUAUCUAGAUUCUAGAGUUCUGUAACAUUGUGGUGUCUGGGGUUCUGCUGUCCGAUAUUUCAUCAUUGUGACCAAGGGAGCAGGUCUUACAUGAGAGACUAGCUGGAGAGUGAAAGCUCCUAUGUGACUCCAUGAACGGGCUAGUCAAAAACAAGAAUCUGUAUGUAGGGUUACUGCUGACAGAUUCCAUAUGCACCACCUUUACCAUAGCCAAACAGGGAUUUCUCGCAGACAGUAACUCUUCCAUUUUGUUUUAAUAUAUACCAUGUCUUCAGCUCUGCUCUCUGGUAUAGUUUGGUUUAGGGCAAAAAGGAAAUCGACAAAGAGUUUAUGACUUCUCCUAUGUUGUACCAAUGGGUCUGUAAAAGUAUUGUACUGUUCUUCUCUGCCCUUGAAAAUCAAAGGAAAGGGGAAUUCUGAAGAAGGUACUGCAGUGAUGAAGAUAUCCCACCCAGCUUACAGCCUGUUUUGCUUUAGACAUCAGCAUCACUCCUGUAUGAUAAGCAUGUCUGGGUUCAGGAUGGCUCAAUAAGACAGCAGUGGAAGUGCUGAGGGUAGAUGUGUGUGUGUGGGUGUCUGGGGAGGACUGGUAAUGAGGCGCAGGGCUUUAGGGUCUGUCUCUGGAUCAGCCAGGGGGGCGCCCUGCAGGGUUACAGGGAUCAUCCCUGCCUGUCAAUCACAUCUCUCCUCUCACAUGACUGAUGGCUCACUGUCUCAGGAAAACAUCAGUGUGAUGCACCGUGCUGUGGAGGUCUGACUCUGAGGAGGCUUGAGCGCUCUCCUUGAAAUUAGUUAUUAGUAGGACAUGUUUCAUUAGCAGUCAAACGCAAUCACAAUAACUGAUGUGAUUUUGUUUUAUUGCAGGUCAUUUGUUUUUACUGCUGCCAUCAAUCAUGACUAGAUUCUGUUUGUUUUAUACUAGGCCUAUAGCCCAGGGAAGCUCAUUUCAGCCUUAGCCUGAGGGCUGUGAAUGACCAGUUUUGAAACCACAUGUCUACUCAAACCACACACUUAUAUUGAGCAAUUCUUACUCAUUUCUUUGUCAAUGUAAAUGUCCCCUCUGCAGGUCAAUAGCAGUCCAGGUCACUCUCAGUGAGGGUCAUACUAGGCUUGUCACCCCUGAACGUAAAGUUACCCACCACACGUCUGUCUGGUUUCCCACAACCACUACCAUCAGGCAGCCUAUAGCAGGGAGGGGUUGAGAGUGGGGCUGAGAGGGGUGGUGAGAGGGGUGGUGAGAGGGGGGGCUGAGAGGGGUGGUGAGAGGGGUGGUGAGAGGGGGGGCUGAGAGGGUGGUUGAGAGGGGGUGGUGAGAGGGGGCUGAGGGGGUGGUGAGAGGGGGGCUGAGAGGGGGUGGUGAGGGGUCAGGGCAGAGAUGGGAGUAAAGUCAGAUGUUGAGGAAGUCUUCUUGUCUUCCCAGGCCAGCAUCGGAGCUAUGUACAGUAGAGUCUGAAAAGAAAGAGGGACUGGGGGAGGGGGGUAGAGAGGGAGAGAGGAAGAAAGAGAGUUGGCAGGAUUCCAGACAGAAUAACGUAUCUCUGUCAGUGAACAUGAAAAUGGAUGUGUGGGUAUUUGGAUUUUUAUUGCCUUUUCAAAAGUGUGACGGGGGAAAGGAACAUUUGGUUUCUGGUUCAUUUCAUAGUUCCUUAUAAUAUUACAAGCACCAAACCUCAGAAGCCACCUCUUUUCCUUCCCUCGCCAGUCAAAGUUUUUUAUCAUCUGCCGUUACUUUUCUCAUAGUCAUCAUUCUUGAGCAAUGUGUGGACAUUUUGACUACAUCUUUUUCUGUGUCACCAAGGGAGCCAUGUGGUUUUUAUUUGUGUUUGCUUUUGUAACGCUGUGCGGUCAGACAGGUCCCUAGGGUAGAGACCAUAUACAGUACCAUCAGACAGACAGACAGACUGUGUGUGUGUGUGUGUGUGUGUGUGUGAACACUUAUGGGAGAUUCUUGAGUGGCGCCUGAGACAGAGUUUUCCACCACCAUCAACAAAACACCAAUUGAUGGAAUUUCUCUUUGAAGAAUGGUGUCGCAUCCCUCCAAUAGAGUUCCAGACACUUGUAGAAUCUAUGCCAAGGCAUAUUGAAGCUGUUCUGGCGGUCCAACGCCCUAUUAAAACACUUGUGUUUCCUUUAUUUUGGCAGUUACCUGUAUAUUAUACUGCACUAGAUUUCCUCCUGAUAUGAAUGGGAAUUGUAUUUUGGGCAUACAGAGGGAAAAUUAAAGGUGCAGUAUGUUUAUUGGUUAUCUUUAAUAACACCGUACAUACACAUUGCAAAUGCCGUUUCUCUCAUAGAUAUGGUAUUUCUGCAGGCACACUGUGCUGACUUUAGAUACUCAAUGAGCCUCAAGGAGUCUUUGUCUGCUAUGACACAUCAAAAAAGAUCCAGCAUAAAAGUCAAUGGCGCAAACUUGUUCCAAAUGUUCUUGAAGUUCUCUCACCCCUCCCUCUGUCUGUAGCCAGGAGGGUUGUCAAACUGGCGUCAGAUGUGUUAGGAAUUUCUCUCCCGUUUGUCAAAAGUUAAUUCCCGUUCUUGUUUACGGCCCUUAGCUGUCAUUCUCCUACCUUGGCAAUAAAAAGGGAUUCUUUUUUUCAUGAUGAUUACAUACUCCUGAAUGUUAAUGAAACUCAGUCGUAGCUACAGCUUUAUAAGAGGCCAACAAUCUCUCUUGGUGGUUUAAAGCUCAUAAAGUGUAUUCUUUGGGAGACACUCUUAAGGCUUGAUAAGGUCUUGGGUAGAAACUCCAAGGAACGUUUUGUUCUUAAACUUUAAUCCAAAAGUGUUUGAAGAGUGUGUGCUUGGAGAGAGCUGCUGUUUUGUUCUUUGAGUAUUUUCCAUUUCAACUUGAUCUUUGCCGAGAGAUUUAUUUGAAAGGUUCAGAGUGUGGAGCUGCUUGAUAUCAACGAGGCUCAAUAUCUUAGUAAUGUUUGGCUUCAUAAAUGCCCACGACAGAGGUCCAGAGUUAUAAAUGGAGGGUAUAAUGUUUCAUGCUUCAUCUAAUCAUUAGAUAUUCUUAGUGAUUGGCAUUUCCAAUGACUUGUGGCUGUGGGUUAACACUUGUCCUAUCUACUCUCCCUGUCCUUGAAAGAGUCAGCCGAUGCCCCCCUCCUCCACUCACUCUUUUCCUCUUGAUGGAAAACAUUUACCCUGGAAUUGUGUUUCCAACAAGUGGCUGGAGUGUUACACUUCUCAGCUGAGGUAGUCGACUCUAAAUGGAUUGAAAUCUUCCCCUUAAUUGUUUUUCCUUUCACUUCUCACUCAUUGGAGGAUACAGGGUCCAAUUACCAUAGCUCCAAGGAUCAUGGGAAGCAUAUGGCUUCCAUUAAAGCCUUGUUACCCCACAGAUCUCCAUUUCAUACCUUCCCCUUCUGAGACCCAGGAAUUGGGGUCUGCUCUGGAAGUGUUCUGAUUCAGGACCCCACUGUGGCCGGAAACCCUGCUAACUAAACUAACCACUGCUGUGCUGCCCAAUCCAAAAGGGCUUCCCUUGUACCCGCCUCCUGUCCCGUGUCAAUCCAGCAAGUAGAAGCUGUCCAUAUGUCACGCUUUGAAUUAGCUCUGGCUGCUCAGGAAUCCCAGGUGGAAUAAUAGCGGCUCCGGUUAGCUAAGAGAGAGAGAAAAUAGACUCCAUCCUUCAAUGUUUAUCUCCGAUUACCCUGUUUUAGCAUAGUCCAUACUGUUAUUGUAUAGUGAUUGUGUAAGACAUUUUGCAGUACCACUUUUGGUAAUGUGUAAUUCUCUGAUUGUGUAAGACAUUUUGCAGUACCACUUUUGGUAAUGUGUAAUUCUCGCUUUGUCUAACAGGAGACGUGUUCAUCCAGCCAACUCAGGACAUCAAGAAUCCUGUCAUCUAUGGCGUGUUCUCAGUUUCAGGGUGAGUCACUGACUGUGUUCCUCUGUGUCUCCCCUUAAUUCAAUCACAGUAUUUCCACAAGUAUCUGUCUCAUUAAAGGACAGUACUGUACAUCCUUUUUCAGCUUUCACUCAAUCAGAUCUCCUCAGCAGACCUGUAGAAUAGAUGUAGUCAGUGCUGAUAUUUAGUUUCCUCCCGUGGUUUCCCGUCUCCCAUCCAUAUUCAUUGUGCCCAAAGGUACCUCUGUAACACGCUCUGUUAUUGAAAAAACCUAUUCCACACAGUCUGCUCUGCACACUACAAAGGCAGAGGAGGAAGUCAGUCUAUAGCACGGAGAGGAAGGGGUCUCCAGUGAGAGACUUGACCUGUGUUCCCACAUGGCUGGGCUUUGAUAACAAGUCAUCAGUCAGCAGCACAACAUUAAGAGUCAAAGAAAUGGCUCGCGGCUCCUGCCCCAGCAUAUGCAGCGGGAGAGUUUGAGUGGAGGAUGCACACAUGGAGAGUUCACUCUCACACUCACGCCCAGUCAUAAUACACACGGCUGUAUGUGUGUGUGUGUGUUGGCGUCUGUGAGAUACUGUACUGUAUAUGUUUCCCUGUCUCACCCAAGGCCUCCAUACUAACUCGCUACAAUCACCACCCCCCUUAAAGCCCAGUUGAUAAGAACUACUGUAGUGCUAAUGAUAGGCACCUCAACAGAAGAUACUCAUAUAAUACUGUACUGUUCACCCACUACAGCACAGCAUGGCAGAGAUGUUGGGCUCCCUCUGAUGAUUAGCUUGGCUAUGUGUGGGUGUUUGUAUGUCAGUGUGUCAGACAGCUUGUCUGUGGUGGAGAGUGUUUGUGCGGCUUCUUAAUGUUGGAGUACGCCUGCUUCAUGUCUAUGAGUUGUGAUGUGAGUUGAUUCUAUGAGCGGGAGAAUGUAGCUAAUUGCUCGCAGAGUGAGUAGUAAUCCCAUGUCUCCUAAAGCUGUCCCCUUUAGUGUUUCUGACCCUCCUUGUCCCUUUACCCACCAGGUCAGUGUUCAAGGGCUCAGCAGUGUGUGUCUACUCCAUGGCUGACAUCCGUCAGGUCUUCAAUGGACCCUAUGCUCACAAGGAGGGGCCCAACUACCAGUGGGUGGCCUACACUGGGAAGAUCCCCUAUCCUCGGCCUGGGACGGUGAGUGACAUGCAGAGGGUGACGCACACACACACACACACACACACACACACACACACACACACACACACACACAUAUAUUUAUUUAUUUUGUAUAUAUAUAUAUUUGUUAAUUAAUACAUUAAACAUGGCUGGUUCUACCCUCUUUCUAAACCCAGUGUCCCGGAGGUACGUUCACCCCCAACAUGAAGUCCACUAAGGAUUACCCAGACGAGGUGAUUAACUUCAUGCGGAACCACCCCACCAUGUACAACGCUGUGUACCCAAUACACAAGCGCCCCCUGGUGGUCCGGAACAAUGUGGACUAUGAGUUCACCACCAUCACUGUGGACCAGGUGGCCGCUGCCGAUGGGAGCUACGAGGUCCUAUUCCUGGGGACAGGUCAGUGCUCUGAGUGCCCGCCUGUUGGUUGAUUUGAUAGACUUGUUAUUGUAUGUGUGUUUUCACAUCUGUGAUAGAUUCAGAGAUUUAAAAAGGGCUAGGGCUGCUGGGGCUGCUGACUUUAAAGUGCUCAGCCUGGUGAUGAAUGGCUCCUGUAGUAGAACACUGUAAAAGACGAGGGGGGAUCCUCCUGUCCUCCUAUUUUCCUCAGGGCAUUUGACCUUAUAUGGACAAAUGUUUUGGAGGGAUGUGAAUAUGAGUGGAGGAUGUGUGAGGGAGGGAGCAGGCCAGAGAGGACUAGAUUAGAGGUUAACCUGAUCACUCCUCUUGGCAGAGAUGGGCAGUAUUUCUGUUACAUGUAUUUGAAAUAUGUAUUUUAAUUACUUUGUCAUUUGAAUUACAUUGGGCUGAACUACACUCCAGUGUAUUUUGGUAUUUGGUAUUUUCAAAAUACUGGAAUUUGUAUUUUCAAAAUAUAAAAUACUUUUAUACACCAUUUUUAUAGGGGUUUACAUUUUGGUGGCCUCCCUUUCACCCUGCAUUGGUAUUAGAAAUAUGAUAGGACUAUGGUGUGAUAAGAGCGUCUGCUAAAUUAACUAAAUAUAAAUGUAUAUGUAAAAAUGAACAAUUCAAAAGCAUGCUGAGUAUUAUUCUAAUGAGUUCCGCCCUGAAACAAGGCCAAUAAUAAUACCCAGUGUUCUUUGCAGUUAAUUUUGGUAUGUUAAUUUUCACAUAUACAUUUACUUUUUGGUCAUUUAGCAAAGGGUUUCCCAAACUCAGUUCAAGGCCCCCCAGCUUAGAUUAUUUGAAUUAGCUGUGUAGUGCUAGGGCAAAAACCAAAACAUGCACCCGGGGGGGCAGAACCGAGUUUAGCAGACCCUGAUUUAGCAGACACUCUUAUCCAGGGUAAGUUGCUCAACUAAGGUAGAUAAACAACAACAUAUCACAGUUAUAGCAAGUAAAACUGUUUUGUAACCGUUACUGAGAAUGUUGUUGCUCGGGCCAGCAACUUGCAAAUACAUUACAAAAUACAAGUAUUUUGUUGUUUAUGUUGAAACAUUGAUCUUUAUGGUAUUUUGUAUCUGUAUUUUGCCCAUCCCUGCCUCUGGGUCUGCAGACAGGGGGACGGUUCAGAAGGUGAUUGUCCUGCCCAGAGCUGACCUGCAGACUGAGGAGCUGGUUCUGGAGGAGGUGGAGGUGUUCAGGGUUAGUCUCUUUCUUUCUUCUCUGUUGUCUUUCUCAUUCUCUUUAUUUCUCUCUCCCUCUCCUUUUCUCUCAGUAGUAUCUUUCUAUUUUUGUCUAUUUAUUUGUAUAUUUGACAUGCCAUUGCACCAGAUUUAGCUAUUUUCAUCUGUAGUCCCUGGUGUAUUCCUCGGGUGAGAAACAUUUAUUGUGCAGAACAUCUUUCCAACUUCCAUUCUUCUCUUAUAAAGAUCUGCUGCUAUCCCUUACGUUUCAGGUGCCAACUCCCAUAACCACCAUGAAGAUUUCAUCCAAAAGGGUAAGCUGAACAUGUCCACAGUCUGAUGGUUCAGUGCACACAAUUUCAGAAUUGUGUCUUCCCAUAAAAUAUCACAUAAAUCAAUGCAGAGUGUAAAAAGUGAAUGCCAAAGUCUGGAUGAUGCCAACAGUCUCUAUUCCUCUCUCAUUCUGUCUCCAUCUCUUUCUCCCUACAGCAACAGCUGUACGUGGGUUCAGUGUUGGGUGUGACCCACCUUGCCCUCCAUCGCUGUGACGUGUACGGGCAGGUGUGUGCUGACUGCUGCCUGGCCCGGGACCCUUACUGCGCCUGGGACGGCAAGUCCUGUACCCGUUACUCUGCCUCGCAAAAGAGGUGAGUACCAAGAGAGUGUGUGUGUGUCUUUGUGUUUGUGUUGCAAAUCUGUGGGAAUGACAACCCUUUUUUAUUUACUGCUCAUUUUCAGUUUGUAGAACGUGGUGUAGUUAACCUCUUUUUAUUUGGGAAUGUUGAUCUGACCCCUUUAGGCGCAGCCGUCGACAGGAUGUAAAGUAUGGUAACCCAAUCCACCAGUGCAGAGGCUAUAACUCUAACGGUGAGCUGACAAGAACACUCUAAUGUACCCCAAAUAGACACUCAAAAAGUGCUGAAUUGUUCACCGUGACAGAAGUAGUGCCCAAUAGUGUCAUAUGUGAAUCAUGGAAUGUGAAUGUGGUUGACAUUUCUGCUGAGGAAUAAUUGACUGAUGUGGUCAGUUACAGUAAGAGAAAUUGAGAAAUUAUGCCUCAAACGUGUUUGAAUAUGUUUGUGAUGAUGCUUUCCUGCAGCCAAUAAGAACACGCUGGAGAUGGUGCAGUAUGGGGUGGAGGGCAGCACUACGUUCCUGGAAUGUCAGGCCAGGUCCCCUCAUGUGUCUCUAAAAUGGCACCUGCAGAGGGAGAACAGCGACAGGAGGAAAGAGGUGAGUCAGGAACUCUCAUCCCACUGCAGCUAUGUACUGUAUUGGGUAUUCUACUGCCUGACAUCUAAAGGAUAGGCUGACAAUCAGAGGGAUGACUAAUUAGUCAUUGAACAAUAUGGCCUGCUGUUGGUGAAAAAUGGUUGCUAAAUGAGUGCAAUGAUAAAUGAAUGGCGUCUCACUCUCUCCCUGCUCUUAGAUCCGCUCUGAGGGCCGGACAGUGAAGACAGAGAAAGGUCUCCUGCUGCGUUCCCUCCAGUUGUCAGACAGCGGCGUCUACCAGUGCACGUCCACAGAGAAGAACUUCAAACACACGCUGGUCAAGCUGCAGCUGGUGGUCCUGUCCAGCCGCACGGUCAACAACGUCCUGGUGGAGACGGGCAGCCCGGCCCAACCACCCCUCCAGUCCAGCGCAUGGACCCCCAGCGCGGGUCAGUACAAGGACCUGCUGACCAUCCUGAGCCAGCCGGAGAUGGGCCUGAUCAACCAAUACUGUCAGGACUACUGGCAGCUGGGAGAGGGCAGUCCGGGGGACCCCAUACUGGCCAUCAGCAAGGCCAGGGGACUCAAGGAGCUGAAAGAGCAGAAGAAGCCCCGCAACCGCCGGCAUCACAACGAUGAGGAUGACGAAGAUGAGCACACCAACCCAGCCGAGACAUGAAUCCCUGGACUUACACCACAGGCCACACACUACCCCCUGCACCCCAACACACAACCCCUUGUCCCCUCCGCUCUCUCCCUCUCUGCACACCCCUCCAAAAAUGGGAAAGACUUCAAUUUAAAGGAUUCAAAAACUGAAUGAUCAAAAGCAACAAGAAAGAGAAACCACUACAAAAAGCAACAAUAGCAAGCAACAAACAGAUUAUUCUUAACUGUUAAAAAAAGAUACACAGUAUUUAUUGUAGGUU